AUGAGAGCCAUCGCGGCGGCGAAGGGCCCGCACGGGAACGACCCGAUGUCGUCCUCCAGGAGGCACUUCAGGUGGCCGGUUCUUGGCAAGAGCGGCAGCCGUGGCGCCGGCGCGGCCAGCGGGGACGAGGGGUAUGUGAGGGGCUCGGAGGCCGAGGAGGAGGAGGAGGAGGACGAGCGCGCCAUGGCCUUCUCGUCCGCCUGCCCCUCCUUCCACUCCGAGGACUUCGUGUCCCCUCCCAAGAAGCCGGUGACGGGGACCGCCGCGCCAGCGCAGGAGAAGCAGCAGCAGAGGAGGAAGGUCCGGACGGCGGUGGCGCGGCUGCGGUCGGCGCUGUCGGCGGCCGUGUCGGGGCGGCGGCGGCAGGUGGGGCUCGGCGCGCGGCUCACCGGCACGCUCUACGGCCACCGGCGCGGCCACGUGCACCUGGCGUUCCAGACGGACCCGCGCGCGUGCCCGGCGCUGCUGCUGGAGCUGGCCGCGCCCACGGGGGCCCUGGUGCGCGAGAUGGCGUCCGGCCUGGUGCGCAUCGCCCUCGAGUGCGAGCGCGCCAAGGCCGCCACCGGGGGCGGCGACGGGGGCGGGAGGAAGCUGGUGGAGGAGACGGUGUGGCGCGCGUACGUGAACGGGAAGAGCUGCGGGUACGCGGUGCGGCGCGAGUGCGGGGCCGCGGACUGGCGCGUGCUCCGCGCGCUGGAGCCGGUGUCGAUGGGCGCCGGGGUGAUCCCCGCGGCGAGCUGCGGCGGCGGGGAGGGCGACGUGAUGUACAUGCGCGCCCGGUUCGAGCGGGUGGUGGGGUCCCGCGACUCGGAGGCCUUCUACAUGAUGAACCCCGACAGCAGCAGCUCCGGCUCCGGCAUCAAUGGCGGGCCCGAGCUCAGCGUCUACCUCCUCAGAGUCUGA